UUCACAUACACACCCCCACCCUUUCUUCUCUCCUAUCCUCCACCGCCGAUCUCCUCCUCCCUCAAACAACAAAAGAAUAAGAAGAAGAUGAAGAACAACAUCGGCACCAACACACGCCUCAUUCUUCUCCACCCUUACAUCCAAAAACAGGGCGGCUCAAGCCGUCUCUGGAUCCUCGCCUUCGUCUCCUUCUUCACCAUCGCGUGUCUCCUCGCCUUUAUCUACACGCGUGACUAUUCCAUAAUCACCGCCACCACCUCCUCCUUCGUCGCCGCCGCCGCCGCAGGCGGCGGCGGCGGCGGCGCGAAUCCCGCGCUGUCGAAAUCCAUCGUCAGGGCGCUCGUCCACUACGCGUCCAUCUCCAACAACACCGACCGGAUGUCCUACGCCGACAUCAAACAAAUCUCCGACGUCCUCCGGCAAUGCUCCUCCCACCCCUGCAACUUCCUCGUCUUCGGCCUCACCCACGAAACCCUCCUCUGGCGGACGCUCAACCACCACGGCCGGACGGUUUUCAUCGACGAGAGCCGCUACUAUGCCGCCUACGUCGAGGAGAAGUACCCGGAGAUCGAGGUCUAUGAUGUGCAGUACUCGACGAAAUUAAGCGAGAUGAAGGAGUUAAUCUCGGCCGUCAAAGAACAGGCCGGCAAUGAGUGCCGGCCCGUCCAGAAUCUUCUAUUCUCGGAGUGUAAGCUCGGGCUGAAUGAUCUCCCUAAUCAGCUUUACGAGGUGGAGUGGGAUGUGAUAUUGGUGGACGGGCCGCGCGGGUACUGGCCGGAGGCGCCGGGGAGGAUGUCGGCGAUUUUCACCGCCGGAGUUCUCGCCCGGAGCAAGAAAGGCGGCAACCCGAAAACGCACGUGCUGGUUCACGAUUACAAUCAGGAAUCGGACAGAAUCGCGAGCGAGGAGUUUUUGUGUAGGGAAAAUUUGGUGGAGACGAAGGGCAUGGUUGGUCAUUUUGUGGUGGAAGUCAUGGAUGCUAACAACUUCCACUUUUGUCGGAGCCACAACGCAUCAUCGUCGUCGUCAUCUUCAUCGUCUUAGCUUUGUCGGACAUGAUCUUCAUAUUAUUAUUGUUUCGAUUCAUAACAUGAAUGAAUGAAAGCGUAAAAAGGGGGGAUAGUGGACUGGGAAUGGGGAUAUAAUUUAAAAUCUGUCAAAUUUUUGAACCUUUUUGUCCUUUUCUAUAUAUGGGGAUUCCGUCAAAAUAAUUCUGUGUAUUUACCAUUGAAUUGGAAAGAACAUAUUUGUUUAAUUAUUUCUACAAUUAUAUAUAGCUCUUUUUCUCUCUUU